UGCCGACACCACCACCCCUCCUUCUCAGGCCGAUCAUCGGUUCAUGAGUUGGAUGGGGUGCCGGACUUUGGGCGUAACGCCGUGUGGCCCAGGCCAAAACUCCUAAGCUGGCCCGCCGGCUGGGCUUUGUGUGCAAUCCAGCACCCGGGCUAACUCAUCAUUCACCCGGCCAUGGCAGAGUCGGUCAACGAAUUGCCGUUGGGAAUUUGUCCUGUAUUUUGACCUUAUUUGGGAGUGAGAAAGUUGGCGACCCUACACAUGUCUAUGCAUGUGACUGUGAGGGGCUACGUUGUCAACUGUUGGUGAAGUGUAGGAGAUGGGAACACAUUCAAGAUCUGUUCAGUUCAGCUUAGCCUAGUUUUGAGAUACAGCGCGGAAACAGUCCCUUUGUGACCAUCGAUCACCCGUACACUUGUUCUAUGUUAUCCCACUUUCUCAUCCAUUACUUACACACUACAUACUGCAGCCAAUUAACCUACAGUUAACCUACGUCUUUGGAGCAUGGGAAGCAACCGGAGCACCCGGAGAAAACCCCAGCGAGAAUGUACAAACUGCGCACAGACAGCACCCGUAGUCAGGAUCGAACCCGGCAACCUGGCGCUGCGAGGCUGCAGCUCUACCGCUGUGCCACCGUGCCGCCCAGCUUUCAGGACUCUCCUUUUCUGCUGAAGUUUUGUAAAUAAUAGUUGCAGUAGGCACACACUGUGAUGCUGCAGCUACUCAGCCUGUAAGUCAGCACCUAAAAAAAUCUCUCUUGUCCAAAAACAAAAGGAAACGUCAGAAAAGCUGAUUUCUGAGUGUCAUCUCUCUGACUUCCUUGUAGUUGAGUGCAAAUGUUCGAUUUGACUGAGUAACAAAAGUCAAGAAAAAUUUCAGAGCAACAUAACGAUAACUAACAAACAGAAUGAAGAGUGAAUGAAGAGCUUCAAUGUGUGAGAGUAACUCAGUUUGAUAGUUACACAUAGAAAACUCACAGAGGUUGUGGGGCUUUUUGAAGUGUAAAAUGAAUAAACUGCGUGUUCCAGAAUUGUCGGUUCCUUAUCUCCAGCUGUACGAAAUGUGGUUGGUUUGAGUUUUGUAAUAACAACUCAUGACCCUGAAAGCAGAAAUAUCUUCCAUUUGCCAACCUCUUUGGCAAGUUUCACUGAGGAUUUGAAGUCUUACAAAACAGUCUUGUGUUUACGAGCCGGGCUCACAAAGACAAUGAUGGAGCUGUCAAACAGCACGGGAGAAGCUGAUCUCUCUCUCAGCACGGGAGUUCAGGUAGCAGCAAGCAUCAUCCUUGGAGCAACCUGUCUCAUUGGGGUCCCCGGCAAUUCCAUCGUCGUCUGGGUGGUAUUGUCCAAGAUGAAGAGGCGACCGUCCACUAUUCUGCUCAUCCUCAACCUGGCCAUCGCAGAUCUCGUCGUUCUGAUCACAUUGCCCCUGUGGAUUUACUCCAUCAACAACGGCUGGGUCUUUGGCGAGAUUUCGUGCAAGGUCCUCGCCUACCUGAUCUACUGCAACCUGUACGGCAGUGUGUUCUUCAUCACGCUGAUGAGCAUGGACCGCUUCAUGGCCGUCAUCUAUCCAUUCGCCUCCCAACGCUGGCGGACGGAGAGGUCUGUCUGCAAGGUAGUCCCCGUGGUUUGGGCACUGGCCUUUCUCUUUGCAGUCCCUGUUAUUCUAGUGAAAAAGGUUCAGACUAUAGACGGCCAGCCCACGUGUUCAGUCCGCGAGUACGAUUCGGAUGCCCAGCAAAUUACUUCCCUUGCGGUGGAGACAUUCAUUGGGUUUGUGAUUCCUCUCACAGUGCUUGCUGUCUGCUACGCUCACGUCGCUAGAAGGGUGAGCCAAAUGACCUUCAAGAGUAAAAACAGGUCUGAGAUGCUGAUCGCCAGCAUCGUCAUAGCAUUUGUGAUCUGCUGGCUCCCUUACCACGUGUGUAACGUGAUUGAAUUUGCCUCCCUGAUGGUGGACCCGGGUUCGGAUGCAUUUAGCGUACUGGCGAAUAUUUCCGAGGUCGGGUCGUACGUAUCUGGGGCAUUAGCCUUCUUCAGCAGCGCCAUUAACCCUCUGCUCUAUGCGUUCGCUGCCAAGAGUCUACGGAACGGCUUUCGGUCUUCGGUGAUGGUAAAAGUCUUUGAGCAAAUGGCUCAGUCCACAAAAGAUGAAUACACCAUGGAGCGCUUUAAUACUACAAAUGGGGAAAGUAUCCAAGAUCGGUAAACCAAUUUGGUGUUAAUCAUGUGUUGCAUUCACUCCUGAAUGAAUAUCCAUGGAUAAAACUGUGCAGGACAUGAAUAAAUUGCUGCAGAAAUAACUGGAUGACUUGCACUGAACCCUAGAGAUGACACAGUUUCUACAUAGAAGUAAAUGGUACAUCUGUUGCAGCAAAGAUUGCAUGGUAAAUUUUUAAUUGAAAAGUUUGUACUAAUAGUUUACAUCUUUGAGUGCCGCAGAAUUUUAACUAACAUUUCAUUAGAUCAUAAAGCAUUUCAAUCCAGCGAAUAAUAACAUUUAUGUAUUUUUUCCUAUUUCCUUUCUAAUAUCACCACAGCACUUGUAGCUUUUCUUUCCCUUUUUAGUUUAUUUUCAAGAUAGUGUGGAAACAGGCCCGACUAAUGAUCACCGGUACACUAGUUCUAUCCUACACACUAGGGACAAUUUUACAGAGGGGAGUUUAACCUGCAAACCUGCAGGCCAUUGGAAUGUGGCAGAACCCGGGGAAAACCCACACGGUCACAUGGAGAACGUAUAAACUCCAUACAGACAGCACCCACAGUCAGGAUCGAACCUGGGUCUCUGGCGCUGUAAGGCAGCAACUCUAUCGCUGCGCUGCUGUGCCACCCUUCUGCCUUCUGUCCUUGUUGAUGGCAUACAUCUUCAAGGUCCCGCGCACUAUUUAACAAAAGAACAUUGUAGUCAACCUUCAGCAAAUAUGCUCUAAAUUUGCAGUAAACAAACUUGGGCUAAAAAAUGACUAUGUUAUCUAUCCACAAGGAACUAAAACUGCAUGUACUGUACUGCAUUUCAAGUUUGUUCAAGAAUGUGAGAACUGAAAUCCAUGUAUCUCCAACCCUUGCUUCUCCAGUCAAAUUGUGCCAGAGCUCAUUCCAAGCAGGGGCUGGUAACAGGAAGUGAAAUGGUGUUUUAUUCCUUUGCUUUGAAUAAAUUGUUCAAACUUGACACAAUCCUACAUGUGGACUUAUGCCUGGUAAGAUGCUUUGUGUGACACGGUGCUCAGCAAAGAUAGAUCUUAAUUCCUCCAUCUUCUCUUCUUUGAUUCAAUGGUUCAAUCAUUCUUUAUUGCCACACACACAGACGUACAGUGAAAUUCUUUUUUUUUUGCAUACAGCUCAGUAAAGUAUUGCUAUACCUAAGCACUAUCCCCAAUUAGUAGAGAGUACAUCAAAAUGGAACAAGCUGCUGAACAAAACAGUUGAGGCAGGGACUAUCGCAACAAUUAAGAAAUUAGACCUGUGCUAUCUAACCAGUGUGAACAAUCUUCCAGCAAGAACUGCUGGCACUCAGUAUCUCUUCAUGUAAUCACCAACUCCUCGUCUAUUUGAGUGUAGAACCUUUUCAGUUAGUUUGUUUUAGUUUAGUUAUGUUAGGUUAGUUUAAUUUAGUUUAGUUUAAGGUCACAUAAACUGAGAUACAGUGAAAAGCUUUUUUUAUUGCGUGUUUUCCGGUCAAUGGAAAGACUGUACAUGAUAGCAAUCAAGCCGCCCACAGAUAGAGGACAAAGGGCAAGGUAAAGGUGAUGUUUAGUGCAAGGUAAAGUCCAGUAAAGUCUAACUAAAAAUAGUGUGAGGGUCUCCAAUGAGGUUGAUGGUAAGUCAGGACUCCUCUCGAAUUGGUGACAGGAUGGUUCAAUUGCCUAAUAACAGCUGGGAAGAAACAAUUCCUGAAUUUGGAGGUGUACGUUUUCACACUUCUGUUCCUCUUGCUUAAUGAGAGAGGGGAGAGGGGAGAGGCUGAUUCUUGAUUAUGCUGCUGGCCUUGCCGAGGCAGCGUAAAGUGUAGAUGGAGUCAAUGGAAGGGAGAUUGGUUUGCGUGAUGGUUUGGGCUGCGUUCACAAUUCUCUGUGUACACAACAAAUAAAUAUAGGCAUUUUAUGUCCGUAAGACUUCAGGCUGCUUUGGCCAGGAACAUUGAUUCUGUUCCCACAGAUGUUGGCCGAUCUGCUACGUAUGUAUUUCCAGUAUUUUCUGUUUUGCUUUUGAUUUCCAGCAUCUGCAAUUCUUUCUUGACUUUCACUUAUAUAAACCAUUGUCAGUGCAUCCCCUGCUAUGAUUUCCCUUCCACCGGAACAUCACUUGACUGUCUCAGCUUUCACUUCCUAUAAUUUAUUUUGCAAUGUAUAUUAAAGACAUGAACCCUUGCUUUCUACAUUGAAAGCUUCUUGCAGUUCCGAACUAACUAGAGGUAUAGAUGCAACGUGGAAACAGGCCCUUUGGCCCACUGAGUCCACGCUGACCAGCGAUCCAUGCACACGAGCUCUAUCCUGCACUCUAGGGUCAAUUUACUAUUUCACAGAAGCCAAUUAACCUGUAUGACUGGAGUGUGAGAGGAAACCAGAGCACCCGGAGAAAACCCACACAGGUCAUGGGGAGAACGUACAAACUCCGUACAGACUCAGCCGGUAGUCAGGAUCGAACUCGGGUCUCUGGCGCUGUAAGGCAGCAACUCCACUCCUGCGCCACCGUGCCGCCCCUUGUGCUAAAAGAUUUCUAUUGCCGUGUUAACAGAGCUUCCUAUAAGGUCUACAUCUUGUCCCACUCCUGGUCUGGUGACAAGUUUGAUUCAUGUGUAACGAGAUAUAAUGAAAAACAUUGUUUUGUGGAGGAAUAUCACAACCCAAUCCACAAAGCUGAUGAUGAUGAUGAUGAUGAUGAUGAUGAUGAUAGUUAUUCUUAGAUGUCCCCAUGUACUUAGUGCAGUGAAAUUCUUUGUUUUGCUCACAAUCCAGCAAAAUCAUACUAUAAAUAAGCAAAAUCAUAGAUAAGUACAAAAAUGCAACGAUUGCAGUGUAAUAGUAGACUUCAUCGAGACAGUACACAAACAAAUGCAACGUUUGCGGUGCCCGUAAAGUUUCAAAGCUCUUAAGGAUGUUGCCAUACCUUGGCCUGAAAGGCCUGUUGUCAUGGCAGCACCGAUCCUCUAUCCAUCAGCCGCCAUCUUGAAAACAGCCUUUUGUCCAGCGUCCGUCGCCGACUCCCUCCACCCUCAUCAGUUCCCGGUCUCCGGAGUCGUGCAGGAGACUAGCAUUGGAUGACUCCAGGUGUGUUCCCGGAUCCGCGGCGGGCGAGUCAGCUCUGCCGUUGAAAUAUGGCCACAUCUCGCGGGAUGAGAGUGUAGGGGAUGUGCUUGUUUAAAACUUUACUGGGAGAUACUCAAAAAUCCUCAAGUAACUCGUUGCUGCUGGACUCUGCCUAUUAUUUAAGGAUGUUCUGGCCACACUUAUAUGGGCCUGUCCCACUUAGGCGAUUUCUCAGCGGGCUGCCGGCAACUGUCAGAGUGGAAUACACACACACAAACACAUCACUUCCUUCACCAGCCUGUGUGAAUUUUUUAGACAGCGUUCCCCCCACUUGCUCUGUCUAAAAAAUUCACACGGUGCAAAGCCAAGGUGAUACAGCCACACA